UGAGCAAAGGGAUGAGGUACCUUAUCUAACCGACUGGCCUUGAUAUAUACGUUGCAUGCCAGCCGAGUGACUAUUUCUCGUGUUCAGUAUCGGCAUGUCUUCGGUCCUGCGUACUUUAUCGUUUUUGACUGCGACAUGGCUGCUGUGGAAGUUUAUCCGCUGGCUGUUUAGCGAGGAUCCGCUGCGUGGUAUUCCUGGUCCUCCUUCGAAGUCGUUUCUGACUGGAAAUCUGGGCCGAUACUUCAAUCGCUACGGUUCGGAGUUCCAAAGGGAUGUUGCACUAAACUACGGUCCUGUCGUGCGACUCAGCGGCCCUUUUGGCAGCUCGGCAUUGUAUGUAGCCGAUCCACUUGCACUGCAGGCCAUGUUUGUGAAGGACCAGGCCCUAUACGACCAGUGGGACGGUAUUCUCAGGGGAUUUGCACUGGUCAUUGGCCCCAGCUUGCUAGGUACACAAGGGGAGCACCACCGUAGACAGCGCAAGCUAUUGAACCCCGCAUUCUCGACGAACAGCUUGCGUACGAUGCUGCCGGCAAUGUACGAGACUAUGCACAAGCUUUGUGACGCUGUCGGCUCUCGCAUAGGUGCACAGCCCCAGGAGGUUGAUAUACUACACUGGCUUGGACGCGCCUCCCUCCAGAUGAUAGGCAAGGGUGGUAUGGCUCAUUCAUUGGACUCACUCGUCGAGGAAAGGCCCAACAAAUGCGCAAUCGCCGUGAAAUCUUUGUUAGCGGCAAUGUUGGAGCUCAGCUGGCUGCAGUACUUGCUGCCGAUAUUUUCUCCCUUAGCCCCUCCGGCCAUAUGGCGAAAGGUUCUGGAUAUGGCACCGUAUCGGCCGAUGAGGAACAUGCUGGAUAUCAUGGAUACACUGGACAGCAUGGCGAAGGAGAUCUUCAACGCGAAUAAAUCAAGACUGCAGGGAGAGGCCACAAACCUUUCAGACUGCGACUACGAGCACCAGGGCAUCAUCGGUACAUUGAUGAAGGCUCAUUUAGAGGCAUCUGAGGAUGCCAAGGUGCCGGAGGAGGAGGCAGUCGCACAGAUCGUUACAUUCAUGUUCGCAGGGAUGGAGACUACAUCCAACACGACAGGCAAGAUACUGGAGUACCUCGCUCACAGGAAAGACUUGCAGGAGAAGCUUCGUAGCGAAAUUCUCGAGGCCAGUAACGGUGAAGACUUGCCAUAUGAUACGCUUAUGCAAUUACCCCUUCUCAACGGCGUGUACCGGGAACACUUGCGACUUGACCCGAUUGCCCCACUCGCCAUGCGGGAUGCCUUGGCGGACGCUGUCCUUCCCCUUUCAAAGCCUGUUCGCGGGAUCGAUGGAACACUUUUACGUGAAUUGCCUAUUGCAAAAGGAACGAAGAUUAUCAUCGGCGUGCUCGGAUCCAAUACGAACAAGGACGUGUGGGGGGAUGACACGCUAGAGUUCAAGCCCGAACGCUGGCUUUCUAAAGAGUUCUCGACCACAUCUGACGAAGAUAUCAGCGUCCCUGGAAUAUAUGCAAAUUUAAUGACAUUCGCUGGUGGACCAAGGUCCUGCAUUGGGUUCAAAUAUGCCGAACUACAGAUCAAGGCUUCGUUGGCGGUUCUCUUGACGAGGUUCUCGUUUACGCCAUCUCAAAAGCACAUCUUCUGGAAUGUUGCGAAUGCGAUCUAUCCCACCGUGGGCAAGGACAGCAACUAUAUGGAACUUCCGCUGAUAGUGCAGCGGCUGGAAGGCAAAACAUAAAAGGAAUAUCCGGGCUGCAUGCCAGAAAAGGAGUGAUUGAUGACGCAGAGAUGAUGCCAUUAUAGGAUGGUGACUCGUAUACCCGAACUUGUGGAGAGAGAACACGAAAGAAAAACUGCCACUCAGAGUUGCGCGAAUACACAGAAACGUUCAC